AUGACCAACUAUAAUCCCCUGAUGUCAUCGUACACCAUCGACUCGCACGGUAAUCUAUCAUGCACAAACCCAACUGAAUCAAGCGGUUGGAUGUGUAGACAGAGCGGUACGUGGGGAAUCCAAGAUUGUUCUGGGUUCUCCAUCUCAGUCGGAUCAAAUGGUCCAAAGGGAAAAUACGGAACGAUCUUCUUUGAAGGUGUUUUUGAAGGUGGCAAACACCAAUUCGUACCUGGGAAGGAUUAUGAAAGUUCUUCAGAUGGAACUUUUAGAUUUCAUCAUCCCAAUCCUUCUAAUCAUGCUUGGUUGGUGGUCAAGCCAGGUGGAAGGUUGAUGUAUGAGGAUAGUAAAGGUAAUUUCACGGGGGUUGAGAAGGAUGGGGAGGUGACAUUCGUUGAUAUUUACGUGGAGAACUGUGUAGAGGAUGAUGAGGCACGUUCUAAUGGAAAUGGAGACAGUGAUAGUCCCACUUCCGAAAGUGUUCGCAUGCCAUGGAUGAAUUUGGGUAGACUUGUACUAGCCAAGCGAAUUGGGAGGGGUCAAGACGACAAUGAAGGUGAGACGAUAUCACACCACUUGAGUGAUACGUAUAGGAUCGCUGAUGAGGCGCUACCUUGCAGUAACUGCCCCAUCUUGCCAACAAGGCAUCAGUGA